UUGAAUAAAAUGCAUUUAAACAUUACGUAUUUUCCGAUAAGAAUUACACUUUACCGUAUCAGCAAAAAUGUGUAAAUACCACGUGAUAUUAAAGUUACUUCGUGAAAAUGGCGUGCUUCCGUGUGUUACCCCUUGUAUUCUUUGUCAGCAGUCUAAUCCCAGAUGUUGUGGACGCCUCGUAUUGCUACUACUCCUAUGACUAUGGUUACUACUCGUACUACUGUACAUACUACGUACCGAUUGGUUCCAUCGUCGGAGGGGUGAUUGGUUCAUUGGUUGGCCUAGCAACACUGAUUGGACUCAUAGUCUUCUUUUGCUGCAUCCGAAGACGCCGCAUGGCGGCCGGGGGUACGGUACUCCAGCCAGGUGUGACUAUGGUUGCGACAACGACUGGAGUAUCCACUGUGCAGACAGGGGGUAUUGUUAACACAGCUGCCUAUCCACCCGGAACAACACCAGCCUACCCACAAUACACUUAUCCACCUCAACAUCAAGCGCCCUCUACUGGAUUUCAACCGCCUCCAAACUAUAGUUAAUUGCCACGCGGAAGAUUCGUCGGUGACUAUCAACGCUUGUGUACAACAGCUGGUUGAAAUUUCUAUCGUAACUUUGUUUUUUAUAUGUUAAUGAAUUAUCAUUCCAUAUCAAGCUUUAACACAUCUACAAUGCAUUGUAAAUACUUAGAAUAGGAGCAUGUUACAAUAGUAUAUUUAUGAUAAUGAAUUAUGAAAUACGAAUUCGAUACAUCUAUAAGCAUAGCUCUUAUCCUUAGGCGAAUUUGACUCCACUUUUUUAGCACACAGUUUUCCCCUAAAAUAGCUCUAAAACUUCAUUGUUAUUCCAGAUUUUAAACAUUUCGGUUGAAAAUAAUUGAAGAGACAUUAUUUGUUGAAAUGCGCAUCUGGUGCAUCAAAAUUGGUACCGCAUGAAUUUUAUAUAUAUAAAUUAUUUGAAUUUUGAGAGUAGAAAUUAGUAUUUUUAUCAAUAUAUUGCCUAUUCAGUUGUCCAAUUUGAGCAUUGCAAAGAUAUGCAAGUUUUGAUACAAUUGUGGGAAUAAAACUACUACAACAAAACA